AUGAUUCCCUUGUUCCAUGCUGCUGGUCACAUCGCAUAUGCAAUAUCUGCCCGUCUCUACCUUGAUCAGAUGAAAGGGCUGAUGGAUAUCAUGUCUGCUGAGCAAUAUUAUGCUUUCAAGAAGAGAGCAAGUGUUGUCAUUGCUGGGAAGCGUGUCAAUGCGGAUCAAUCUGUUGCUCUUAGCAUAAAAGCUUCUUUGGCUGUUACUGGGCAAACGUAUGCCAACAUGAUGUUGAAGAGAAACGGCAGAGUGACCAGCAUCAAUGUGAAAUGUGGAACCUUUGACUGUGCCGAGAAAGCUGAAUGUGUUAACGACUUCUGUACAUGUCCCACUGGUUACCAUGGUGAUGGUUACCACGGUUGCUACCAAGAUAGUCGCUGUGGCUGUUACUCUCACGGGGACCCGAAACUCGUGUCGUUUGACAAAGCCACGUACGACCUGCCGGUCCCCUGUAUGUACGUCAUGUCCCGCUACCAAAGCGACACCUGCAACUGGGACAUCUUACUGGAGGCUGAACACAGGAGCUACGUCAGGGACAACUCCUCCGUGUGGAUCAAACGCGUCGUGUGGACCAUCAACGGCGAGUCGGGGGAGAUCAACAGAAAUGGCAUCAUGUUUGACGUCUCUGGCUCUCUUCAAACGAUGAACAUUCCAUAUGACAGCGUCGAUAUCUCACUGCGCAGGAUUAGCAAAUUUUACCAAAUCCUGUCGUCUGUGUGCGACCUUGACCUCCGAUUCGACGGGAGGGUGACGGCGUCGCUGGACGUGCCCGGCAAUCUGAACGAGUCAGCCAUGCUCGGAAUGUGCGGCGACUGCGACGGGGCGCAGACUGAAACCAUAACGGUCGUAGGGCUCAACGAAACGGGGACGUCCAGAACAAACAAACUCUUUUCCUUCUUCCACAUCACCCCCGAAGAGUCUGGAAGCGUAUGUGUUGGUGCUGUUGAUAUUUAUUCAUCCUGCACGCCGGACUAUUUAAAGCUAGCUUUUGACAAAUCUCUGUGUGGAGGAAUUUUCGAUCCAGAUGGGCCGUUCACCGCCUGUCGUCAGUCACAGAUUAACACCGAUCUGGCGGCCAUUUACUACUUCCAGUGCCUGCACGAUUUCUGCCUCACAGAUGAGACUGCCGCGUGUGACGUGCUGGGAGCCAUGGCGACCGCGUGUAACUUACAGGCAGAAGUCUUGACCUGCUAGGCCCUAAUCCAUAUUGCAACAAAAUUCAUAUUUGUGUUCAAUGUCGUUCUACAAACGUUUGGACCCGCUAAUCUUGCAUGAUACAGACGUUUUGACCUCGAUAAAGUUUUAUAGUUUUGUGUAUAAUUUGACCUGCUAAUCUAAAUUGCAAUAAGUCUUGGAUUAAUUUUGUGUAGUUGUUCUACAGUCGUUUUGACCUACUAAUCAAUGUUGCAAUAAAUGUGAUAUUUGUGUUGUGUCAUUCUACAAACGGUUUGACCAGCUAUGUUGAAAUAAAAAAAUAUUGUAUUAAUUUUGUGUAGUCGCUCUACAUGUUUUGACCUUUGAAUCCAUGUUGCAAUAAGGCUUGAUAUCCGUGUAUACGGUUCUGCAUUUUGACUGGUUAAUUAAUCUUGCAAUAAGACUUACAUUCGUGUACUGUGUAGUUCUACAAAAAAUUUGACCAUCUAAUCCAUCUUGCAAUAAAAGAAAUUUUAAAAAUCU